GGGCGGCGGGCCGUGUGCGUGGUGUGCCACCUGUCCCGGGAGCACCGCGCCCACACCGUGCUGCCCGCCGAGGAGGCGGCCCACGCCGCGGAGGAGGUGCCCCAGGAGCACCUGAGCUCUCUGAGGAAGGGGCGUGAAGAGGCCAAGGCCGAGCGGGAGCGGCAGAGCGAGGAGCUGCUGAAGCAGACGGAGGUGGAGCGGCAGAAGAUCGUGGCUGAGUGCAAGGAGCUGCGGGCCUUCCUGGAGGAGAAGGAGCAGCUGCUGCUCUCGCGGCUGGAGGAGCUGGAGAGGGACAUCGGGCGCCGCAGGGACGAGAGCGUGGCCCGGCUGGCCGAGGACAUCGCCCAGCUGGACAAGCUGCUGGCCGAGCAGGGCGGGGACAGCGGCACAGGGAGCGCCCCUGGCGAGGGUGUGGUCCCAGCUGGCAGCAGCCUGGAGAGCUGGAUGUUCCUGAAGCCCGAGCCCGGCUUUUCCGAGCUGGAGAAGAAGCUGAAGAGCUUUUCCCAGAAGAGUGCAGUACUCAAGGAGGUGCUGCUGGAAUUCAAGGAAAACCUGCGCUUCGAGCUGGAGAAUGACACAGGCGAGCUGUCCCUGGACCCCGACACGGCCAACCCGUACCUGGUACUGUCGGAGGACAAGCGCAGCGUGCGGCUGCGCGGGGCGCCCCAGGAGCUGCCGGCGCACCCCAAGCGCUUCGACUACGCCUUCUGCGUGCUGGCCGCCGAGGGCUUCUCGGCCGGCCGCCACUACUGGGAGGUGGAGGUGGGCGACGGGGAGAGCUGGGUGCUGGGCGCCGCCCGCGAGUCCGUGCGCCGCAAGGAGAAGGUCGACUUCGCCCCCGAGGAGGGGAUUUGGGCGGUGGGGCUCAACUGGAAGGGCAAGAAUUGGGAUCAGUACCAGGCGUUCACCUCUCCCGAGACGCCGCUGUCGCUCUGCGAGCGGCCGCGCAAGAUUGGGGUGUACCUGGACUACGAGGGCGGGUGGGUGGCGUUCUACAACGCCGACAACAUGGCUCCCAUCUUCACCUUCACCGCCGCCUUCUCCGAGAGGAUCUUCCCGUUUUUCUGGCUCUUCUAUGUGGGCUCCUCACUGUCCCUCUGCAACUGAGCGCGCCCCACUCGCUGGUGGUGUCCCUUCUGCCCUGCCGUCCUUAGGUUUUCCUUUGCUUCCAAGCAGAACACCCCUAAUCCUGCCCUUGGUUCAGGGGGGAUUUUUUUUUUCCUGUUGCAGUUCAAAGUUUGGAGUCUUUUUACCCUUAAAACCUUUUCAGGGGUGUUAGUUGGUGAGGGGGUGCUAUUUGAGCACCCUCUCCCCGUUGCUGGUUAAACACCCCUGUAGUUAAUUUUGUGUUUAUCUUUGGAGUUGGAGCCCCGUGGAACAGGGAGAGGCUGAUCCCAUCCUACUUGGAAUAGCAGCCAAAGCUUUGUGUCCCCCCUCCCUCCUAAAAUGCUGUGUGGAGAGGAGGGGUGUUGUACCCCCCCAGUUUGGACACUCUUGCUUUGCAAGUCAUCUUUGCCCAUCCCAUUAUCCCAUCCCAUCCUUCCAUUUUCCCAUCUCAUUGUCCCAUCCCAUCUCAUCCCAUCCCAUUAUUCCGUUUUCCCAUCCCAUUACCCUAUCCCAUCCCCCCUGGGGAAAGGGCCGAGCCCAUCCUGCUGUCACUGACUGACCCCCCCAUCUCCUCUAUUGCCCCCCCAUUUCUCUCCCCACUGCCCCCAUUGUCCUC